AUGGAUUCCCUGGAGUAUGCAGGGGAGUGGCAACCCGCCACCCCCGAGCACAGGCCAGUCAAGCGCCUCGACGCCUACGGGUUCGAGAUACGCGAGGAGUUUGCGGAGCUGUACGACCAGUUUGAACCCUCAUGGGCGGAGGAGGAGGAGGAGCGGACUGCUCGAUGGGCGGCCUUCCUCGCAGACCUCAGGCAACAGAGCUCCAGGCCCGUCGCCAGCGACGAAGACCUCCUCCUCAAGGCCCUGGACUCCUGGCAGGAGCAGCAGGAUUCGCCCUCCGACUACCCCAGCACGUCCAUCCCGGGCCUGCGCCUGGGCACCCUGCUGCGGCGGCCGGGGGAGUACGCCGCCCUCGUCGCCCGGGCCCUGGCCGACGCCCCGGCCCUGUCCCCCGACGACGGCGUCUGGCCGGGGAGGGCCUACGGCGUGGACAAGGACCUGCACCGCACCUUCCCGGGCCACGCGGCAAUGGAUGCCGGCGGCCGGCGCUCGCUGCGCCGCGUGCUGGCGGCCUACGCGGCGCGCAACCCGGCGGUGGGCUACUGCCAGGGCCUCAACUUCGUGGCCGCUGCCUUCCUCCUCUUCCUGCCGGAGGAGGGGGCCUUCUGGUGCCUGGCCGCCGUGGUCGAGCGCGUGCUCCCGGGCUACUUCGACGCGGCCAUGGAGGUUCCCGCGCUGGACGCGCGCAUCCUGGCGCACCUGGUGCAGGGUGCGCACCCGGCCACCGCGCGCCACCUGGAUGCGCUGGAGGUGGACCUGGGCUCGGUCACGCUGCACUGGUUCCUCUGCAUCUUCGUCAACUCCCUGCCCCUGGAGACAUGCCUCCGCGUCUGGGACCUGCUCUUCCUGGAGGGCAGCCCCGUAGUCCUCUUCCGCACCGCCCUCGCCCUUGUGGACAUCUACAACCAGGCCAUCUGUGCGACGCGGGAGUCCAGCGACGCCUACAUGAUGCUGCAGGCCCUGGCCCCCAUGUCCCUGGAUGGCAGCCGCCUGAUCGACACCGCAGCCAUCGCCUUUCGCACCAUCCGGCACAGCGCGCUGGGCGUGCUGCGCGCCAAGUACCGGCGCGAGCUGGCACUGCAGCCGGGACCCGACCCGGAUGCGGGGCAUCACAUCUCCUGGGGGGAGGAGUGCGGGAGCGUGCGUGUCGUGACUCCCCGCACGCGGUCCGGCGACGGCGGGGUGGGCCGCGGCGUCAGCGGGGGGGAGGGCGCUGGAGCGGGGUCGGGAACUGACGCCGGUGCGGACCACGGCAUCGCCAAUUGCACCCCCGGCGCGGCCUGCGACCCGCUGGACUUCCGCAGCCCAGUGCGGCUGCCGCGGCCGCGGCGGCGAACCGUGUCGGCGGCCGCGGUGCUGGAGGGCCCGGCCCGCCACCUCCGCGCUUUCCUCCAGGACCGGCGGCGGCCGGGCGUGGCCGCCGCGCUGGAGGCCGCGCGCCCCUCGCCUGCCGCCGGCCUGGUGCGCACGCCGCCGGCCUGGGCGCUGGCCCGCGGGGCGCCGCGGGGCGGGGAGGAAAGCACGGUCGAGGGCGUGCAGCCCCGCGCGCUCUGCUUCGGCGAGCGGGACGGCGGCGGGGCGGCGCCCCGGCGCGCGCUGGAAGCCAGCGUGCAGCUGCUGCGCCGCCACACCGUGGCGUGCGAGGUGUAUUUGGAGGGGCCCGGCGCCGAGCGUGCGGGAGAAGACGCGGCCGGCGAGGGCGCGCUGCUGGCAGCACUGGAGCUGCAGCUGGCCAAGGUCUCCGAGGUCAAGGCCACCAGGGAGGGUGUGCUAGCCGAGCUGAGGGCGCGCUGCGACAGCAUCGCCGGCUGGCUGGAGACGCUGGAGGGCGAGACUUGGGUGGCGCAGGCCGCCGUGGAGACCGCGGGGCGGUCGCUGGAGGCCAAGCGCGCAGCGCUGAGCGGCACGGACCGGCGCCUGACGCGCCUCAUGGUCGAGGCGGAGCGCAGGCGGCUGGUGAGCGGCGUCGAAGAAAAGGCUGAGCGGCAGGCGGGGGUGCACCGCACAGAGGGCGCGACCAUCCCGGCGGCAUGA